AUGACCGAAACCCUUGUUUAUCGACCUCACCCUGUGAACGUGAGCGGGCACCAUGACCGACCAAGAUCUACCUCUUCCAACUCGGGCUCUCACAAGUCUACCUUCUCCCAUUACAAAGUGUCCUCACAAAGCUCCCUAGUCCCGCCGUCACCCAGGGGUUCCUACCGCUCUUCGCAAAGAGUCUCUACGGUUUACGAAGACGGCCCUUUUCGUCCCUCCAAGAGAUUAAGGUCGCAAUACCCUCUACAUUCGAGCGAACCUCAUGUGGAAUACAUCCUUGUUGCUUCGUUCGACAUUGAUAGGGGCCCUAUCAUGGAACAUCAGUUCCCUGGUGCAAUCAGUCCGGAUGAGAACAUGUUGGCCGAGCUUAUGCUUCCUGACCAGACACAUGUCCGGCAGCAAGAUUGGACCAUGUUCUUUUUGCACAAAGACGCUGGCACAAGCGAGGACGAGGCCGCUGAGCGAGAUGCUCGAAGACUCCAACGAGAAGCAAGAAGGCGCGCAAGAGAAGCCGGUGAGGCGAAUGAAGUCGAAGGGGAAGAUUCUGCAGACGACAGCAGUGGUGACGAAAGUGACCCAGAUGACAUGGACAGCCCUCCACUAAUGUAUGUCUUGAACCUGGUCAAUACCAAGCAGGACAGCUCGGUGAAAAGAGGUGCCAUUGUAAAGGCUAUGGCUAUUUGUACGCGGCACUCUUUUCUCCACAUAUACAAGCCGCUCUUGCUGCUUGCCCUCGAGGACUAUUUCAAGUCACCUACGCCAGACACCUUGGAACUCUUGUUCAAUGCUCUGAACGCCAUGGAUUUGUCUCUGAUGCCACGAUUGUCACUGCUAGAGCGACACAUUUUGCAGGCAAGUGAUGUCAAGGACAUGUUUGUGGAGAAAUUCGAACAGAUGAUUGCACAACGGUUGGCAGACGAGGCACUUGCAAAGACUUCAGACACACCAGAGUCACCGACGAAGCCAGAGCAGAAAUAUUUGGUUCCCCGAGACACGCAUGAGUUCGAGUCAAAGAUUGUCUAUAACAGCAUCCCGAUCCCAGUCAAGAUCCCUACAGCUUUAUCGCCCGAGACAGUGGGCGAUUUCUCGCUCAUCAAGCUUGUCCAAGUUUUUGGCAAUCUCCAUCUUUCUCAACCCCAGCCUUUUGCUUUACAUCCCCAUCUGACAACUUCUGGCGCGUUCACGCAUCCCAUCAUUGUCCUCAUCAAUGCUAUGCUCACCCAAAAACGAGUAAUCUUCCUAGGUCACAAUCGACCAUCUGGAGAGGUUGCGGAAGCUGUUCUUGCGGCUUGUGCAUUGGCUUCAGGAGGCGUAUUAAGAGGGUUCACCCGUCAUGCAUUUCCCUACACCGAUCUGACCAAGAUCGACGAGCUUCUGAAAGUCCCUGGGUUUAUUGCAGGUGUCACAAAUCCUGCGUUCUCCUACCAUCCUGAGUGGUGGGAUCUGCUGUGUGAUUUGCCGUCGGGCAGAAUGAAAAUCUCGUCCUGCAUUGAGGCCGCGCCAGUCACGGAGGGGACGACGUUUUUCCAACAACACGGGCACGCUGUGCUGACUCACAAAGAUUCCCAUCACUCGGAUGCCACAGGAGAUGGGCUCUUCAUGGAAGAUAUCAGUCGAAGCAUUACAUCUCGAGCCGGCGAGUCCAUCAUCCGUGCUAAAUUUCGAGCCUAUAUCACGAAAUUCACUCGCAUUGCGGCGGCCUUUGAAGAGACAGUAUAUGGAGCCAGCAAUCUUACAGUGAUACCCCCAACCGAGGUAGACAAUGUGGACGCAACUGCUACCACGCCGGCACAACCAGCACGGCCGAUGUCGCUCAAAACUUCCAGUAAGAGCCUGAAAGGCCAUGGUUAUGUCUGGCCGAGCGAUGAGGCCAAAUUCCGCGAACUCGCAGCGUCUGCAGCCAGGAUUGAAGGGUGGCGCAAUACCCGCUCCUACUACGCCUUCAUCUCUGACCUGGCGGCACAUGCGCAGGACCCGAUUUCUCCAACGUCCCCAGUCAGUAUGACAAAGAUGCUGGCGCGAGCACCGACAAAGCCGUACGUGGAUCUGUAUCAUUCGUUGUCUAAGCUACGGACUCUGCACCUGACUCCGACGGAAGCUGGGGCCAUCUAUCUGGCUUUGGAAGCAUAUUGUACCGACUACGAGAGCAUUCUGGAGCUGCUGGAGCUGGCUCCCAUAUCGGAAGCCGGACUCUUCUACGUGGCCCUGGGCCUCUGGCACGAGGAUUGGCGAGUCCGAGAAGCAGUGACCAAUCUUUUAGACCGGGUUAGACAACACCCCGCGGGCCGAGUGUUCUUCAGCCGAUUGGGAGGCUGGGCUACCAUGGGCUUCAACAGACGUCUGCAAGAGAAGGAAAACAGAUUACGCUUCCAACAACAUGAUGCCGAACUGGGCCCGCUCGCUCUUGAUGCCGACCCGAGACGAAGUUGA